UAUACUUUCCUGGUGCCAGCAGUCAGGUAAGAGGCUCUAGUGAGUUAAUACCUCAAAUGUUUUAUUAAUAAGUGUUUUCUGUUGUAAAAAAGUAGGCAUGUAAUGCAAAUCUAACAGUGGAUUCUUUUAUGUGUCCGUUACAUUUUUCCAUUGUAUAUUUUGACCAUACCUUUAGUCUUGACAUUGAACUAAAACACAUUGCAUCACUUCUAUUAGUUUCUAUGCCUCAAUUGCCAUGAAUGUAAACCCAAUAUUUGAUUGUAUUUUAUUUUUAUUAGCAAACAUUACUCAGAUGGGACUGUGAAUUAAAAACAAACCAAUGGUAUAAUGCGAUUGGAUAUAUUUGGUUAUGACUUGGCAAAUGCAAUGAUUAACAGCACAGGGUUUGUUUCCCUGACAGGUGCAUCAUGGAAUCUUUGAUUCACAAAGUCUGUUUGCUAACUUUCCUCAUCAUCUUCGAUGCCACUUCAUCUGUUGCAGGUAAUACAUAUGACAAGUAUAUGCUAUAUUAGUCCAGACAUAUAGUCCCAGUCAAAAGUUUGGACACACCUAUUUAUUCCAGGGUUUUUCUUUAUUUUUACUAUUUUCUACAUUGUAGAAUAAUAGUGAAGACAUCAAAACUAUGAAAUAACACAUUUGGAAUCAUGUAGUAACCAAAAAAGUGUUAAACAAAUCAAAAUAUAUUUGAUAUUCUUCAAAUAGCCACUCUUUGCCUUGAUGACAGCUCUGCACACUCUUGGCAUUAUAAUAUAAUAAUAAUAUGCCAUUUAGCAGACACUUUUAUCCAAAGCGACUUACAGUCAUGCGUGCAUACAUUUUUUGUGUAUGGGUGGUCCCGGGGAUCGAACCCACUACCUUGGCGUUACAAGCGCCGUGCUCUACCAGCUGAGCUACAGAGGACCUCUCAACCAGCUUCAUGAGGUAGUAACCUGGAAUGCAUUUCAAUUAACAGGUGUGCCUUCUUAAAAGUUAAUUUGUGGAAUUUAUUUCCUUCUUAAUGCGUUUUAGCCAAUCAGUUGUGAUGUGACAAGGUAGGGGGGGUAUACAGAAGGUAACUCUAUUUGGUAAAAGACCAAGUCCAUAUUGUGGCAAGAACAGCUCAAAUAAGCAAAGAGAAACGACAGUCCAUCAUUACUUUAAGACAUGAAGGUCAGACAAUACGGAACAUUUCAAUAACUUUUAAAGUUUCUUCAAGUGCAGUUGCAAAAACCAUCAAGCGCUAUGAUGAAACUGGCUCUCAGGAGGACCACCACAGGAAUGGAAGACCCAGAGUUACCUCUGCUGCAGAGGAUAAGUUCAUUAGAGGUACCAACCUCAGAAAUCGCAGCCCAAAUUAAUGCUUCACAGAGUUCUAGUGACAGACACAUCCCAACAUCAACUGUUCAGAGUUGACUGUGUGAAUCAGGCCUGCAUGGUCGAAUUGCUGCAAAGAAACCACUACUAAAGGACACCAAUGAGAAGAAGAGACCUGCUUGGGCCAAGGAAACACUAGCAAUGGACAUUAGACCGGUGGAAAUGUGUCCUUUGGUCUGGAGUCCAAAUUGGAAAUGUUUGAUUCCAACUGCCGUGUCUUUGUGAGACACGGUGUGGGUGAACAGAUGAUCUCUGCAUGUGUAUUUCCCACCAUAAAGCAUGGAGGAGGAGGUGUUAUGGUGUCGGGGUGUUUUACUGGUGACACAGUGAUUUAUUUAGAAUUCAAGACACACUUAACUAGCAUUGGCUACCACAGCAUUCUACAGCAAUACGCCAUCCCAUCUGGUUUGGGUUUAGUGGGACUUUCAUUUGUUUUUCCACAGGACAAUGACCCAACACACCUCCAGGCUGUGUAAGGGCAAUUUUACCAAGAAGAGAGUGAUGGAGUGCUGCAUCAGAUGACCUGGCAUCCACAAUCCCCUGACCUCAACCCAAUUGAGAUGGUUUGGGAUGAGUAGGAAGGCAGAGUGAAGGAAAAGCAGCCAACAGGUGCUCAGUAUAUGUGGGAACUCCUUCAAGACGGUUGUAAAAGCAUUCCAGGUCGAACUGGUUGAGAAAAUGCCAAGAGCGUGCAAAGCUGUCAUCAAGGCAAAGGGUGGCUACUUUGAAGAAUCUCAAAUAUAAAAUAUAUUUUGAUUUGUUUUAACACUUUUUUGUUUACUACAUGAUUCCAUUUGUGCUAUUUCAUAGUUUUGAUCUCUUCACUAUUAUUUUACAAUGUAAAAAUAUUAAAAUAAAGAAAAACCCUUGAAUGAGUAGGUGUCCAAACUUUUGACCAGUAGUGUAUGUAUACAUGUUUUUUUUUUCCCACAAAUGCAUGAAAGUUGGUACCCUUGUAGUACAUUUGGGGCCCUGAACAUUGUCAGAAAGGGAGCUUUUGCAAAAUCACCUCCUCACGGCUGUGGCAGCCAUUUUGCUAUUCCUGCCAUAGCCGGACAAUGUAUCCUCCUUCAUAUCUGCUGAACUAAAGUCAGAAAAGGUGAUGUCUACACCUAUGUUUGAUGAUGACAAUGGUGCCAACUGCAACAUAAUGAGAAGUUCAGAUUAUUAUGCAAAGUUGAACUUGGGUAAACCAUUGAAAAUAAAUCAAAUUAGUUAGCUGUUUCUGACAACAUACACAGUAUAACAUUAUGUCUGUUGUUGAUUUGUAAAUUGGAUAAAAAGUUUUUUCUUUACAUAAUGCUUGAAAGUGAAGCUUAGUUUGGGGUUUCAUAGAUGUUUAUAUUUUGGGGUUCCAUGUGGCUCAGUUGGUAGACCAUGGUGCUUGUAAUGCCAGGGUUGUGGGUUUGAUUCCCACAAGGGACAAGUAUGGAAAAUAUGUAGUGAUGUAAAAAAUGUGAAAACAAAAAAAUAUGAAAUUAUCUGAAUUCAUUUGAUAUGGCCAAAAAGUAUUAUUUGAUUGAAAAAAGGCCUAAAGUGGGGUCCAGAAAUGUUGCAUCUGUUAAUAAAGAUGAACAAAAAAGACUAUUAAAUAAAUAAUACAAAUACUGUGCCUAAAUUAUAUUUUAUGCUAAAUGUUUGAAGAAUUAUACACACUGAGUGUACAACACGUUAAGACUGACCAGAUGAACUCAGGUGAAAGCUAUGAUCAAUAGUUAAAUCCACUUCAAAAAAGUGUAGAUGAAGGAGAGGAAACAGGUUAAAGAAGGAUUUUUAAGCCUUCAGACAAUUGAGAAAUGGAUUGUGUAUGUGUACCAUUCAGAGGGUGAAUGGGCAAGACAAAAGAUUUAAGUGCAUUUGAACAGGCUAUGGUAGUGACAGGCGCACCGGUUUGUGUCAAGAACUGCAACGCUGCUGGGUUUUUCACGCUCAACAGUUUCCUGUGUGUAUCAAGAAUGGUGCACCACCCAAAGGACAUCCAGCCAACUUGAUACAACUGUGGGAAGCAACUUGAUACAACUGUGGGAAGCAUGGGAGUCAACAUGGGCCAGCAUCCCCGUGGAAUGCUUUCGACACCUUGUAGAGUCCAUGCCCCGACGAAUUGAGGCUGUUAUUGGAUCCCCUGUUUUCAAUACUCUGGCACCCUCCCCUCGGGAGGAUAAUGCCACUGAGCCUUUUGUAAGAUGUUCUAUGAGAUUGGAGAACACAUUGGGAGGAAACUUAGACCAUUCCUCCAUAAAGAGUCUUUCCAGAUCCAUGGUUCACACAGUGCUUUUAACAUAGUGUUUUCAACGUACAUAUUUUACACACAUUGUAUAUGUUUAUUUAUACAGUAAUUAUGAAUUUUGUCCUCACCUGGGAUUUGAACUCACAAUCUUUUGGUUAACAUUCAUUCCGACCUUCCUGCUACGCCACCAUGUCUGUGUUCAAAACUGAUUUCCCGUGUAUUCCUACACUUUGGACUUCAAAGUGAUUGUCAGCUUUGUUAAAAAUACACUCUACAAAAACGAUUAUAUUUAUCAUAGUGAUUCAGGAGUAACAUUGAAACAGAAUAAUAUGCCCCACCAACAUUAGGCAACCAUACAGGAAACCCUCAUUAGCCUGCUGAGACCCAGCAAUUCAUUUUUGUCUUAUCUAGUAGACUUCAGUUAUUGGUCCGUAUCUCUGAGACCAUAAAAGCCACUGUAUUAAGUCCUGUUGUCCCUUUGGGAGGACAUUCUGGGCUUUUCAAUGAUAUCACAUGCGUGGUGUGACCGUGACAACUUUAUCUUCCUGGUUCUUAAAAAAAAUGGCUUCUGGGCCACAGACUUUACAUUUUUGGACUUUGAUCAAAGCUGCUCAGAAUCAAGUUAAUAAUUGUCCAAUUAUCGGCAACAACGUAACAUCAACAGAAAACUAGCAGUGCUCAAGGACACUUGACAUAGAGUAAUAAUAAUAAUGUUCUGAGAACGUCCUGAAAACGUUCUUGGGGGCAUCCCUGGAACAAACCUGGAACUGAUUCAAUCAAAUUAAUGUCAGAUACUGUAUGCCUUUUAAAGCAAAAUAUUCUCAAUGACAUUUGACACCUGGGUGUUCACAUGUGCAAAACAUUUUUCAUGUGUAUUUUCAUGGUUUCACAUUUAUUUCACAUUUAUUUCAAAUUAGAUCACGUUGUUACAUGUACUCACGUUGUCACAUGUAGUUUCAUGUUAUCACAUGUUGCUUCACAUGUUGUCACAUGUUAUAAUAUUAACGUUAUCACACGAGAUCACAUGUUGACAUGUGAAAUUCAUUUGGUUAUUUUGAUAAGGGAUCCUUUGUCUGCUAUCUUCAAUUCAAACCACAGGUUUUCAAUGGGAUUCAUCAAGCCAAAACUGCUCCAGCUCCUUCAAGUUGGAUGGGUUCCGCUGGUGUACAGAAAUCUUUAAUUGGAUUGAGGUCUGGGCUUUGACUAGGCCAUUCCAAGAUAUUUAAAUGUUUCCCCUUAAACCACUCAAGUGUUGCUUUAGCAGCAUGCUAAGGGUCAUUGUCCUGCUAGAAGGUGAACCUGCGUCCCAGUCUCAAAUGUAAAUCUCUUGAAGACUGAAACAGGUUUCCCUCAAGAAUUUCCCUGUAUUUAGCGCCAUCCAUCAUUCCUUCAAUUCUUACCAGUUACCCAGUCCCUGCCGAUGAAAACCAUCCCCACAGCAUGAUGCUGCCACCACCAUGCUUCACUGUGGGGAUGGUGUUCUCGGGGUGAUGAGAGGUGUUGGGUUUGCGCCAGACAUAGCGUUUUCCUUGAUGGCCAAAAAGCUCAAUUUUAGUAUCAUCUGACCAGAGUACCUUCUUCCAUAUGUUUGGGGAGUCUCCCACAUACCUUUUGGCGAACACCAAACGUGUUUGCUUAUUUUUACUUUAAGCAAUGGCUUUUUUUCUUUUAAAGCCCAGCUCUGUGGAGUGUACUGCUUAAAGUGGUCCUUUGGACAGAUACUCCAAUCUCCGCUGUGGAGCUUUGCAGCUCCUUCAGGGUUAUCUUUGGACUCUUUGUUGCCUCUCUGAUUAAUGCACUCCUCGCCUGGUCCGUGAGUUUUAGUGGGCGGCCCUCUCUUGGCAGGUUUGUUGUGGUGCCAUAUUCUUUCCAUUUUUUAGUAAUGGAUUUAAUGGUGCUCCGUGGGAUGUUCAAAGUUUCCGAUAUUCUUAGAAUUUUUUGAAACAAGUUAUGUUUUUCAUUUCACUUCACCAAUUUGGACUAUUUUGUCUAUGUCCCUUACAUGAAAUCCAAAUAAAAAUCCAUUUAAAUUACAGGUUGUAAUGCAACAAAAUAGGAAAAACGCCAAGCGGGAUGAAUACUUUUGCAAGGCACUGUACCUAUUCUGUGGACUUUGUUAUAGAUUUUCACCAAAGACCUCUAUUUUCAUAUCAUGUAGAGAAAAUACUGUAUGUAUUACUUACUCUUUCUCUGAGCAAAUGUAUUAGUAGAAACCAUUUUUUUUUUUGUAUACAAAUGACAGAUUAAGGAUCUUAAUUAGAGCCAGUUUACUACAGCAGGAAAACAGUAUCCUGCAGCAAAUGGAAAUAUGAAUAUUGUGUGGAUUAUAAUUCAUGAAAAGUUUUGUAGGGGUUGAUUAAAAAAAUAUGUUAGGGCAAAUUAAGUCUGAAACUUCAAAGUGGAAAUUACAAACGUUAGAAGCAUUUUAAAAGUUUGAGUGAUCAAAUUAAGGUCCUACAUCUGUAGAUCAGUAUUUGUAUUAUUUAUCUUUCUACUAAUCUUUAUCAUCUUUAUUGGGGCUCUGCUGGUUUAGCACUGUUAAAAGGGAACUGGGAAGGUGUAACUGUCUUUGUGCUCAAUAUGAGCUGCUAUUAUCUGUCUGAACUUCACACCCCAUACUUUAUACCCUCUGUAACACCUUCUCCUUUCCUCCUCUCUCCCUCCAGACCUCAGCCUCAUAGUCCCUCCUGACGUUGUAGUUGCCUCUGCUGGUGAUGACAUCAUCCUUCCCUGUCAUCUCUCUCCUCAAAGUAGUGCUGUUGCCAUGGAUAUCAGGUGGUUUAAGGACGGAGAAUUCACUAACCCCCUGUAUUUGUAUAAGAGCGGAAUGGGGGAAGACGGGAAGAGCUAUAAGGGCAGAGUGAGUCUAUUCUACCAGGAGCUGGAGAGAGGCAACAUAUCACUGCUGUUGAAGAAUGUCAAGGUGUCAGAUAGCGGACGCUAUAAAUGUCAGGCCAGCCACUUGGAUUGGAUCCAGGAACCAGCCGUUGUGCUACAAGUUACAAGUAAGAUAAGCUUAUCAAGACCCUAACAGGUGUCCAAUUGUCAAUGGUGAUAACGUCAAUUUCAACCGUAAAAUAACAUAUUUCUGAGCAGAGCAGGGCAGUGUCCCCAGGAUCUCCAUGAGGAAGCACCACAGAGUGUUCAUCCAGCUCAGCUGCAGCUCAGAGAACUGGUACCCAGAGCCUCACAUGCUGUGGACGGACCUCAGUGGGAAGGAGAUCACCUCAGCAGAGACAGAGAUACCCAAACAGAAGGUGGGGGGCGACCUGUACUCCAUCACCAGUCACAUGAGAAUAGCGGUGGACCAACUGGAGGGGUCACAUGUGUGGUGAUGUCACAGGACCAGGGAACCAAGAUGGAGUCUGCACUGCAGAUGACUGGUGAGUUUAGGCACUGCAAUGUACGGCCAACUAGCCAAAAACAAGUGUAAAAAAUGCAAGCUACUGUAGAUGUGACUGAUGACCGACCUUGACUUUGGUUCCAUUUUUAUGAUAUAGACGCACUGAUGUGUACAGGGUUUUCUCUUAAUUUUUUUAGGGCCAUUGCCAGGUAGAAUUAGAACCAUACCCAUGGGAACAACUGGGUCCAAGGUGAACUGAGCCUCAGUCAGAUGUUAAAGUGAUAUAUCACUCAUAUCACUGCAGACCUCAAAAUUGGUCUAUUAUCAAAAUGAGUCAAUCAUUCCAGGCCAUCUGUUAUGUAGAUUUAGGUAUAUGUCACAAUACCAAAUUAUUGAGAAAAAAUAUGCAUUGCCUAAUUCCAUUAUUGCAGACUGUGGGUGAAGCAGCGUCGUAGGCCGAGGUGUCCUAGGACAUGGAGUUACCACAGCAUUAGACCACCUUUGAGUUCUGAAAACGUUUGACAAACUUUUAUUUUAGAGUGAAGUACCUACAGUAAUUAACGUCUGUAGAAACCCGGCAAGUAUAAACCAGAAACAUGAAGCAUGAUUCAUAAACUAGGGAACAUCACCAGGGGGACAAAAAUGUUUCUAAAACACAGUCAUCAAUCAUGAUCCAGUAUAUACACUGAACAGGAAUAUACAUGCAAGUUUCAUGAGCUGAAAUAAAAGAUCCCAGAAAUGUUCCAUGCGCACAAAAAGCUUGUUUCUCUCAAAUUCUGUGCACAAAUCUGUUUACAUCGCUGUUUGUAGGCAUUAUUUCAUUUGACUGAAUUCCUCAUAUGAACUGUAACUCAGUAAAAUAUUUGAAAUUUUUGCAUGUCGCAUUUAUAUUUUUGACCAGGAUAGUUGGAUAAUGUUACACUAGGGUAUUUUUGAUAUUUUUUAACCUUACAGAUUUAGGAUUCUAUCUUGUUACAGAGGAGUUCUACCUCAGCAGGCUCCCUGACCGCGUCUACAUCUCUGCAUUUGUGAUUCCUGUGUUUCUGGCACUGGGUGUGUAUCACUGCAUCUGUGCUCUUUGUCAUGCAUCAGAAAAGAGGUUGGUCUCUCGUUCUAUUUUAAUAAGAACACAUUUUGUGUUUUUUGCGAACAUCUCUAUUAACGUGAUGUUUUUCAAAGGGUUUCACCGAUCAUUUAAUUGAAGAGAUAUGUUUUUUACUUCCAGAUAUUCAGGAGAAACUGAAGCCUAUUAGUAAGAUAAAAUAUGUAUACUUUCAUUAACUGACUUCUGUAACAUAUCAAUAAUUAAUUUAAUGAAAUAACAGAUUUGUAGUAUUCAAAAUCCUAAAGUUUUACAGAAUGUUUUUUCUUCUUUAUUCUUCAGAGGAAGUCAAAGCAGAACUAGAAGAGAAGAAGAAAGGUAUCUCACAUCCUCAAUAUUAAUAUAUGAAGUAUUAUGUUUGAUUUCACUCAAUCUUUGUAUGGUUUAAUAUGGAUUUUCUCAGAAAGAUUAACGAUAUUCCUCUUCCAGAACUAACCAAAAU